AUGGGACAGGAUGGAGUCCAGCCGGGCACUGAAUCCCUCUCCUGUUUGAUUUGUUUGAACCUACCACAAGUACCUGUUACAAUCCCCUGUGGACACAGCUACUGCAUCAGCUGCAUCAACACCCACUGGGACAAAGUGAGAAAAAAGAAGAAAUACAGGUGCCCUCAUUGUGACAAGUCCUUCACACCGAGGCCUGUCCUGCUGAAAGACACAGCGUUAGCAGUCUCAGUGGAAGAACAGAAGAAGACUGGUUUCAAAGCUUCUCCCUGCUCAUUUGGUCUUGAGGAUGUGGCCUGUGAUGUCUGCACCGGGAGAAAACAGAAAGCCUCCAAGUCCUGUCUGCAGUGUCUGGUCUCCUACUGUGAGAAACACCUCCGGCCCCAUUCCCAUUCUUCUGCAUUCAAGAGACACACGCUGGUGGAGCCCUCCAAGAACCUCCACGACUAUGUCUGCUCUCAACACAGCAAGGUGAUGAAGCUGUUCUGCCGCACUGACCAGCGGUGUAUCUGUUACUGCUGCCACAUGGAGGAUCAUAAAGGCCACGAUGUUGUACCAGCUGCAGCAGCAAGGACUGAGAAGCAGAACGAGCUUGUGAUAAGUCGACAAUGCCUCCAGCAGACAACCCAUGCCAGAGUGAGAGAUGUGAUACAUCUUCAAUGGGAGGUGGAGGCUAUCAGACCCUCAGUUGUUAAAGCAGUGGAGCACAGUGAGAAGAUGUUCGCUGGACUGAUCCAUCUCGUGGAGAAUACGAGCUCUGAUGUGAUGCAGCAGGUCAGAUCUCAGCAGGAAACUGAAGUGGGUCGAGUCAAACAGCUUCAGGAUAAGCCGGAGCAUGAGAUCACUGAGCUGAAGAGGAGAGACGCUGAGCUGCAGACGCUGUCACACACAAAGGGCCACGACCGUUUUUGUCUCAACCAUCCAUCACUAUCACGACUCAGUGUACCUACAGACUCACUCGGCAUCCAAACCCGUCCACUUAGGUACUUUGAGGAUGUGGAGACAGCUGUUUCAGAAGAGAGAGACAAACUUGAAGAUAUCCUGAGGGAAAAAUUGACACUGUCUCCCCCAGGCACCACAAUCAGAGCUGUGUUAUUGCAGUACUGGUGUGACAUCACUCUGGAUCCAAACACAGCGUCUGACACACUGUUACUGUCCGAGCAGAACAGAAGGGCCACAGCAGUGUGUGAUCAACAGCCUUAUCCUUUCCACCCUGAGAGAUUCACUUACUGGAAUCAAGUCCUGGGUAAAGAGACUUUGACUGGACGUCAUUACUGGGAAGUGGAGGUGAAAGGGACGUUUGCUCAAGUAGGCGUCACAUACAAGGACAUCAAAAGGGACAACAGCAGAUUCUGCAGAAACCAAAUUAGACUUGGAUAUAAUGUAAACUCCUGGUCUUUCGACAUCAGCCAAUCAGGUUAUACCUUCAAGCAUGACCAGGCCGAAAGCAAAGUCACAGACCCUCUGACUCCAAGAAUAGGAGUGUACCUGGAUCACAGUGCAGGUGUUUUGUCCUUCUUCAGGGUCGCUAAAACCAUGACUCUCCUCCACAGAGUCCAGACCACGUUCACUCAGCCUCUCUAUGCUGGACUGGGAAUGUAUUUUCCACCAACCACUGCUAAGUUCUGUGAGCUCGCCUGCUGA